UCAUUCAUCCAUUUUUUCCACUUUCCUUUGUCUCUCCUCCUUUUUAAAUAUAAAACCCUCACUCACUCUUCCUUUAUUCUCACAUUUCAAUUCACAGUCUCUCCAACAAAUCUUCAUCAAAUUCAUCUUCUUCUUCCGCUUCUCAAAAAUGGCUGUUAGUAGAGUUUUGAUUGUAUUGGCACUCUGUGUCCUGUUACCUGCACUGAUUGCCGGUGAAUAUGCUCCAGUGGAGGAGAAACAACAUUAUGAAGUCUAUGGUCAUGUUUUCUGUGAUACUUGUCAGCUUGGUUGUGAACAUCCACUUUCCACCCCCGUUGCAGAUGCUGAGGUCAAGAUUGAAUGCAGAGACAGGAAAGUUGAGUCCCUGCCAGUGGUCUUCACUCGUUAUGGGAAGACAGACAAGAAAGGAAACUACAUGAUAAAGGUCUUGGAACAACACAAGAACCAGAAGUGUGAAGCAGUACUUGUUAAGAGUCCUCUUGCAAGUUGCAAGGAAAUCGUCGAAGGACUUGAUAGAGCAACAGUCAUUCUUAAUGAGCAGAAUGGUAUUGCUUCAUACAAGCGUAUGGCUAACAGCUUGGGAUUCAGGAGGGAGUCUACCAUCGAUGGGUGUGGUAAGCUUUAUGAACUAUACAAUUACGAAGAUUAGAAAUAUCGCAUGAACUAAGUUUUCUUACAAAGUUAUUAGUAGAGCAUUUUUCUGGUUCAAGAAAAAUUAUGUCUAUCUAUUGUGUUUGGUUUAUCGAAUUCAUUUAUAAUAAGAAGACUUUAUAUAUAGAAAUUUGUAUGCUGAAAAGAGUCACCUGUUGUGACUGCUAAUCAAUUUGUUUGUGAAGAUUUCAGACAUCAAUUUGUUGUUACAUCUUGAAACCUAUUAUCAAUUGUAUUUUGCUCUUGUUCUGCAUUCUUAUUCAACCUAGAAUGGUUCUUUUUUUGCGCUCCAA